AUGGAAAAGAGGGAAAAUCCAUCCACACCGUCGACCGAGGUAACGCCGUCUGACCACCGGUUGGCGGCGUCGACAUCUAGCAACCCGGUCGCUGAUCUGAACUCGAACGACCCUGCAAAGGUCAAGCGCGCCCUGAACACCAUCGACCCAGCAAUGGUCCUCAAGGAUAUGGAAACACCGGCACGCCCACGCUGGGCCGAAUCAUUGGAGGACUGGGUAGAAGUUCACAUGCCUCGCUCGAUAUUUGAGCCGUGGGAGGCCCAGCAAGGAGAUGAACACACAUAUUACGAAUAUGAUGGGCUGAGGCAAAGACUCGGAAUCAGAUGCUUGCCAACGUCCACACAUGACUCGACAUCUCGCGUGUUUCAAGCGCAAGGAUCUCAGGAAAUAGGGAAGUUGAGUAGCCAAAGCCAGGGGCAGCUGAUCAUCGGCCAAAGUACCCAGUUCAUGGGGUUCGAUUUUCCUGGGUUACCCCCAAAUCGUACCAAAGAACCGGAUGGGUACUUAACUCUCAGAGGUCGUGAAUUUCCGCUGGUCGUUCUUGAAACGGGUUGGGCUGGACGAGAGGACGAUUUGAUCAAAGAUGCCUAACUGUGGCUACAUGGGACAUACGAUGCCGUGGCUUUCGUCGUCAUCAUCAUCUUUACUGAGAGCAAAGACCUCCGCAUUGAGCUGCCAGAAAACGAGGAGCGGAAGUUUACCGAAAUGGAGACGGAGGACAGGCUCUCCGACAGGACAAUGAUUGACGGUGUUGAAAAAGAAGACGGUCCAAAGGCUUCGUUUGCAGAUAUGCGGACACUAGCCCGGAAAUUGCAAGACCUUGAAAAAGAUAGAUUGUUGAUGAAACCACUUGUCGGAGAGAUUAAGGCGCG